UGAGCAAUGUCCCUCCUCACACUGUCACGCUCUAACCAAGUCCAGACACAUUCAGCGAUCCUUCUCGGUGGCCAUUGCAGGGCUUGUGGCCUUCAUCUGAAGAUCAGGAGGCUUUUACUUUGGGCUUCUUGACUGAUAACUUGGAAUCUGUGGACCUCCAGUUUUUUCUCCCGGCGCUUUUUUUCCGUUCGAUCCAAACUCUUGUGGCAGCACCGGUGGGAGGAAGACACCGCUGGCCCGCCAUGUUUCUGGCAUUGGUGGUGACCCCACAGCUGAGGCAGUUCCUGGCCAGGGCAAGAGGUGGAGCGAUGCGCCUCAUCAAGGUGUGCAUCCAAGACGAGCAGCUGGUGCUGGGGGCCUACAGGGAUCCGGAACACAGCUGGGACCAGGAUUAUGAUCACUUCCUGCUUCCCCUUCUGGACGAACAGCAGCCCUGCUAUAUCCUAUAUCGCCUUGACUCCCAGAAUGCAUUGGGCUACGAGUGGAUCUUCAUCUCCUGGUCUCCUGACCAGUCUCCAGUUAAACAGAAGAUGCUGUACGCUGCCACUCGGGCCACAGUGAAGAAGGAGUUUGGCGGCGGCUACGUCAAGUACGAGAUGUUCGGCACCACGGAGGAGGACAUCUGUUUGCAGGGCUACAAGCAUCAUGUGUCCUCCUGCUCUGAUCCUGCCCCACUCACACUCGCCGAGCAGGAGCUAAAGCAGAUCAAAAUCACAGAGGUGAAGACAGAGAUCAGCGUGGAAAGCAAACACCAGACCCUCCAGGGUUUAGCAUUUCCCCUGCAGGCGACGGCCAAAAGAGCCCUGCAGCAGCUCUCUCUCAGGCACAUCAACUAUGUGCAAUUGAGGCUGGAUACAGAAAAGGAAACUAUUGAGUUGGUUCACUCAAACCCAACCGAGACUCGAGAUCUGCCCCGUAGAGUUCCCAGAGACACUCCCAGAUAUCACUUUUUCCUUUACAAGCACUCCCAUGAAGGAGACUACCUGGAAUCGAUUGUGUUCAUAUACUCCAUGCCAGGAUACAGCUGCAGCAUUAAGGAGCGGAUGCUAUAUUCCAGCUGCAAGAGUCGGCUACUAGAGGAAGUGGAGAAGGAUUACCAGCUGGAAAUAUCUAAAAAGCUGGAGAUAGACGAUGGAGACGAGCUGACAGAGGAAUUUCUGUACGACGAGGUCCAUCCCAAGCAGUAUGCUCACAAACAAGCCUUUGCAAAGCCCCGAGGCCCUGCAGGAAAGAGGGGACAUAAGCGUCUUAUUAAGGGAACUGGAGAGGCAACACUGGAUAGCUAAAGGCAAAUAACAUUUCAGAGAAAGCUCUAACAGUGCUCACUGCUGACUAAAAGAAAACGCAGUGAUGCCUUCUUUUUUUUUCCGUUUAUGUGCUGAAAAAGGAUUUUGGAAAAAGUCUAGCUCUUUUUUUGUGCUGUUCAUUACAUGACAAAAUAGACAAUAAAUACAGUGACAUUUUUAAAGAACUCAGGGUGACACGAACACAGCCUUUUGCCUUCUAUGAGACACAUUUGCAAUGCAGUGUUUACCAAGAAAAGCAGCAGUGUUGUCUUGUAAAAGCACAGACAUACAUUUGAAUGUAGCUUUAGAUAAAUGUUUUGUAUCAACAUUUCUAAGACUUGAGCCAACUCUGAGAACAAAAAACACAACAAUAAAUGAAUGUUUUUACUGUG